GCAGUGCUGCAGAGAGACAGCUCUGCUGAGGAGCAGGGCUGGGGCACUGCCUGCAGGCCCCCAGGGCAGAGCUGCCAGCCUCAGAGAGCUUAAAGGCACUGGGCAGUGGAGGAUGCUGAGAGCUCCCUGCAGGAGAAACCUUCCCAGCCCUGUGCAUGUGCCCCAUGCCCAGAGGCAGCAGAUGUCCAACGGCAGCUCCAUCACCCAGUUCCUCCUCCUGCCCUUCGCAGCCACGCGGGAGCUGCAGCUCUGCCACUUCUGGCUCUUCCUGGGCAUCUCCCUGGCUGCAAUCCUGGGCAACGGCCUCAUCAUCACCAGCACAGCCUGCGACCGGCACCUCCACACCCCCAUGUACUUCUUCCUCCUCAACCUCUCCCUGCUGGACCUGGGCUGCAUCUGCACCACUGUCCCCAAAUCCAUGGCCAAUUCCCUCUGGAACACCAGGGCCAUCUCCUACACAGGCUGUGCUGCACAGGCCUUUUUCUUUGUCUUCUUAUAUUCAGCAGAGUAUUCUCUCCUCACCAUUAUGUCCUAUGACCGCUACGUGGCCAUCUGCAAGCCCCUGCACUACGGGACCCUCCUGGGCAGCAGAGCUUGUGUCCACAUGGCAGCAGCUGCCUGGGGCACUGGGUUUCUCACUGCUCUCCUGCACACAGCCAAUACGUUUUCACUGCCCCUGUGCCGAGGCAAUGCUGUGGAGCAGUUCUUCUGUGAGAUCCCCCAGAUCCUCAAGCUCUCCUGCUCACACUCCUACCUCAGGGAAGCUGGGCUGCUUCUGCUAAGUUGCUUUUUAGGACUUGGCUGUUUUGUGUUCAUUGUGGGGUCCUAUGUGCAGAUCUUCAGGGCUGUGCUGAGGAUCCCCUGUGAGCAGGGACGCCACAAAGCCUUUUCCACGUGCCUCCCUCACCUGGCCGUGCUCUUCCUGCUUGUCAGCACUGGUACCUUCGCCUACCUGAAGCCCCCCUCCAUCUCCUCCCCAUCCCUGGAUCUGGUGCUGUCAGUGCUGUACUCGGUGGUGCCUCCAGCAGUGAACCCCCUCAUCUACAGCCUGAGGAACCAGGAGCUCAAGGAUGCUGUGAGGAAGCUGGUGGCUGGAUGUGUUUCAGCAGCCAUCCACUGCCUUCUUUCCUCUGCAAUGGGCUCCCAGUGUAGGUCAUGACAGGCCAAGUCUGUCUUUGCUGCUUUACAUCUGGUUUCCUGUUUCAAUUUUUGGUGAUGUUGUCUUUGUAGAAAUGUCAGUUUUCAUCUCCUCUACUUAAGUAUCCACUCGUGUUGU